UAGGCAUAGUCCAACUGAGGCAAAGUAUAAGUUUAUAUUCCCUAUGCACACGUUCCCUCCCUCGUCUCCCCAUUGGUUGGGUGCCACAAGGUUUUCCUUCCCCCAAUUAUCAAAUAACAGACAAGAGGGUGAGCGUCAAGAGAAACUUCUCCUUCCUCCUCAGAGUUGCCUCCACUUCCGGCUUCACCAGCAGAGAUAAUUUCCCGGCUUGCAAAGGAGGGAGGGGAGGAGGCGGGAAGCGAGGCUGCGGAGGCGGAGGAGGGGGCUGCUUCCUCAUUAAGGCUCCUAAUUAAGCGCCCUCACUCCCUGCCUCCCACGCGGGGGCUCCCAUUCCCGCCCCCCCUGCCCAGGAUGUCGGGUGAGGAAGAUGAUGGCCAGAAUUCUAUGGAGCCACCUGUGAAUUCAUUGGGAAGAUCAAAGAAACAGUUUAAAUGCAUGGAAUGUGGGAUGUGUUUUAGUCACAGUGGAAGACUGAGGACACAUCAACGAAUUCACACAGGGGAGAAACCAUUUGAAUGUAUUGAAUGUGGAAAGAGCUUCAGUGGAAGUGGAGCUCUUAGAAAACAUCAACAAACUCACAUAGGCGAUAAACCAUUUGAAUGUAUUGAAUGUGCAAAGAACUUCAGUGGAAGUGGGGACCUUAGAAGACACCAACGAACUCACACGGGGGAGAAACCAUUUGAAUGUAUUGAAUGUGGAAAGAGCUUCAGUGAAAGUAGAGCACUAAGAAAACAUCAACGAACUCACACGGGGGAGAAACCAUUUAAAUGUAUAGAAUGUGGAAAGAGCUUCAGUCAAUAUGGACACCUUAGAAUACACCAACGAACUCAAACGGGGGAGAAACCAUUUGAAUGUAUUGAAUGUGGAAAUCGCUUCAGUCAAAAUGGAACACUUAGAAGCCAUCAACGAACUCACACAGGGGAGAAACCAUUUAAAUGUAUUGAAUGUGGAAAGAGCUUCAGUGGAAGUGGAGACCUUAGAAGACACCAACGAACUCACAUGGGGGAGAAACCAUUUAAAUGUAUUGAAUGUGGAAAGAGCUUCAGUAGAAGUGAACACCUUAGAAUACACCAACAAACUCACACAGGGGAGAAACCAUUUAAAUGUAUUGAAUGUGGAAAGAGCUUCAGUGAAAAUGGAUACCUUAGAAGCCAUCAACGAACUCACACAGGGGAGAAACCAUUUAAAUGUAUUGAAUGUGGAAGUGCUUCUGUCAAAAUGGAACACUUAGAAGCCAUGAACGAACUCACACGGGAGAAACCAUUUAAAUGUUUUGAAUGUGGAAAGAGCUUCAGUCAAAAUGGACACCUUAGGAAACAUCAACGAACUCACACGGGAGAAACCAUUUAAAUGUACAGAAUGUGGAAA